GCACGUUCCCGGAAGUAUCUCAACACGCUGUAUAUUAUGGAGAAAUAGUAGCUCUGUUUCUCACUAAAUCUCCGCUUCCAGGCGCAGAUGUGGAGCAGACUGCUGGGUCCUCGUGGGAUUGGUCGGACCGGUGUGUGUUGGAGGAGUUUGUUCACGAUGCAGCUGAAGACCAGUGAGUUCCAGUCUCUGUUCACUGAAGGCUUGAAUGGACUGACAGAGCUGUUUGCGAAGAACCAGUACGAGCUGCGGAUCGCCGGCGGCGCCGUGCGGGACCUGCUCUCUGGCAGGAGGCCCGAAGACGUGGACUUCGCCACCACGGCCACUCCAGAGGAGAUGAAGGUCAUGUUCCAGAACGCCGGCAUCCGCAUGAUCAACAACAAGGGAGAGAAACACGGGACCAUCACAGCCAGACUGAAUAACGAGAACUUCGAGGUGACCACGCUGCGGCUGGACGUCCAGACGGACGGGCGCCACGCCGAGGUGGAGUUCACCACCGACUGGCAGAAAGACGCCGAGCGGCGGGACCUCACCAUCAACUCCAUGUUUCUAGGUCUUGACGGCACCCUGUACGACUUUUUCCAAGGAUACGAAGACCUGCAGAACCGCAAAGUGCGGUUUGUCGGCAGCGCUGCCCGGAGAAUCCAAGAGGAUUACUUGAGAAUACUGCGAUAUUUCAGGUUUUACGGGAAGGUGGCGCUGGAGCCCGGCGAUCACGAGCCCGAGACGCUGUCCGCCAUCAGGGAGAACGGCCGCGGGCUGGCAGGGAUUUCCGGGGAGCGGAUCUGGGGGGAGCUGAAGAAGAUCUUGGUGGGGAACCACGCGGCGCAUCUGCUGGAGCUGAUUUACGAGCUGGAGCUGGCCCAGUACAUCGGUCUGCCUCCGGACGGCGACGUGGACGAGCUGAAGCGGGUCUGGCAGAACGCCAGAGCCCACUCCCCCAAACCCAUGACCGUCCUGGCCGCCCUGCUGCGCUCGCCCGACCAGGUGGAGAAGAUGGACGUGCGGCUGAAGCUGUCCCGGGAGGAGAAGAGCGGCGCCCAGUUCCUGGUCCGACACCGGCGGCAGCUCAGGAGGAGCGGCGGCGACUCGGACGGCCUCAAACCCUUCACCGACUUCAUCGUGGAUAACCGGGAGCUGGACACCCAGAGCAAAGUGUGCGAGCUGCUGAAGUACCAAGGCGAGGCCGAGCUGCUGUCGCAGCUCCGCGGCUGGUCCGUCCCCCGCUUCCCCGUCAGCGGCCACGACCUGCGCAGGGUCGGCGUCACCUCGGGGAAGGACAUCGGCGCCAAUCUGCAGAAGCUGCGCGAAAUCUGGAAGAAAAGCCGCUACCAGAUGGACAAAGACGAACUCCUGAGUCACGUGACGCCUUAGAUUCAUCGUUCGAGAGACAAUACUGCUGCAGAAAUCCUGUGGCUGCAUCACUCCUGCUCAGAGAAAGAAGAGAUGGAUGCAUCUUCAUUUGAAACGAUCCCUCCGUUUGUUUGCUUUGAGUUCGCUGCAGUUUGUGAAGGAGGUCAACAUCUGCUGGUCUCACCGAGCGUCCACUCGUUAGACCGUUAUCUCUGAAGAAGAGUUAGAACAGAGUGAAAUAUUCCAGCUGCGGUCGUUUGUUCUCAAAUAGUUCUUUCCACUUUCAGCUGCAGGAUGCAGAUGCAGUUCUGUGUUUUUCUCUUUUUAUUUAUAAAUCUAUAAAUUCUUUAUUUGAAAAACC